GUGCUAUCUGUAGCCUAGAAUGACUAAGUCCCGCCGCAUCUGAUUGGCGGCCCCCGACGUCAAGCAAAAGCGCCGGCCCCACCCAAAAGAUCAGGCGCGACAUUCUCCCCCAGCUGUCUGCACCCUCGCAGCGCAGCAGCUGGUCAACCCGAGGUUUCCAAGCAGCAAUGGUCGUCAAAAUCAGGCUCGCCCGGUUCGGGCGGACCAACACCCCGUUCUACAACAUUGUCGUCGCACAUGCAAGGACCGCCCGGAACUCGAAACCCCUCGAGGUCAUAGGCACCUACGACCCUAUACCAAAGAAGGACUCGUAUGACGAGUCCGGCAAGCUGCACAAAGACAUCAGGCUCGACGUCGACAGGGCAAAGUACUGGGUGGGCGUUGGGGCGCAGCCGACAGACACAGUGUGGAGGUUCCUCUCCAUGCUCGGGAUACUGGAGCCCAAGUAUAGACCCAAGGCGAAGAACCCACCCCCAACGUUACAGACCCAUAACACCACCACAACUAGCAUCUGAUGGGCAACGCGUCCAUUUUCCUUAUCCGCAUUCCCGAGGCGUCAUUUUGGUGUACCUGUGUAUUAUAGGGUGAAAGAACUUUGUCCCGAGUAGUCAGUCUACAUCGACCGUCUAAUCAAGACAUCUACAAAGGGACUGAAUUGUUUUAUGAAUAUCAUACUCGCCCCGUCUUGUGGCACCUCUCUUGUUCCUGCUAGCAACCAAUGCUCAGCUUCACCCUCACCGGACAGGGCUUUGCUAUUGCUCAUUUGGAAUCCAGUCCGGGAACCAGGCAGCUGGUUAGCAGGCCUCGGUCAGACUUGCUCGAAGACUCUCAACUGGUACAAGCACAGUAAUAUGAACGUGUCGACUGUCCGACUUUGCGACUUUGAGAGGCCAAAAGCUCGCAGUGAACCAAACCAGGAUAGCCGUCCAUUGGGACAGCUUGCAGCCUUCAGGCCUAGUCACCUUGUGUGGUGGUUUCGUUUUAAUCUCCAUACAUAUAAAAGGUAUCUCGCGCCUUCGUACAGUGGUAAACGCUCAAGACCUCACCUUCUUGCGACCGAGGCAGUGCUUUGCAUGCAGGAAAACACGCAGGAGUCUCAGUUGUCAAGAAAACGUUGUGCCCGGCCAGGCAUCUCAAAGGAGGCCAAAUUGAGCGCAU